ACAAAUCACAACACUCAACAAAUUAACACUCAGUCUUGAACUUAAUUAAUGGAUGUCUCUGAAGUUGUCCUUCUGGACUUUUGGGCCAGUUUGUUCUGCAUGAGGGUCAAAAUCGCUUUGGCUGAAAAGGGUGUUCAGUACGACUGCAAAGAAGAGAACUUGGCCAACAAAAGCCAACUGCUCCUUCAAAUGAACCCGGUUCACAAGAAAAUCCCAGUGCUCAUCCACCAUGGAAAACCCAUCUCUGAAUCCAACAUCAUUGUCCAGUACAUCGAUGAAGCCUGGCAAAACAAGCAUCCGCCAUUGUUGCCUUCUGAUCCUUAUCUCAAAGCCCAAGCCAGGUUCUGGGCUGAUUUCGUUGACAAGAAGAUAAAUGAUGGUGCGAGGAGGAUAUGGAGCACGAAAGGAGAAGAGCUGGAAAAGGCAAAGAGGGAGUUUAUCGAGUGGCUGAAUGUGUUGGAAGAGCAGCUUGGGGAUAAGGCAUAUCUGAUGGGGGAGAGCUUUGGGUAUGCAGACAUUGCGAUGGUGCCUUUCUACUGCUGGUUUUAUGCAUUGGAGACGAUUGGGAAGAUGAGCAUAGAGAAAGAGUGCCCCAAAGUGGUUGCAUGGAUGAAAAGAUGCAUGGAAAGAGAGAGCGUCUCCAAGUCUCUUCCUGAUCCCCACAAGGUUUACGAGUUUCGGUUGCAGAAGCUCAACAAUAAAACCACUUAAAAUUACU